AUGGGAGUGGUUUUCUUAUUACAGACUGUAUGUGGAGUCCUUGGAAAUUUGUUUCUUCUUCAACACUAUCUCCUUCUUUACUUCACUGGACAUCGGUUAAAGCCCACAGAUUUAAUUCUCCAGCACUUGAUGGUGGCCAAUUCUUUAUCCUUGCUCUCUAGAGGAAUCCCCCACACAAUGGCAGCUUUUGGCUUGCAAGAUUUCCUCAAUGAACUUGGAUGCAAAGUUGUGUUCUAUCUUCAUAGAGUGGGCAGGGGUGUGUCCAUUAGCGUCACCUGCCUCUUGAGUGUCUUUCAGGCUAUCACCAUCAGCCCCAGAAACUUCAGGUGGACAAAGCUUAAAGCAACAGCCCCUAAGUAUACUUGUUUCUGUGUUUUCCUGUGUUGGAUCCUGCAAAUGCCUGUGAAUAUACUUUUUUCUCUUAAUGUAACUGCAAAAUGGAACAAAGAAAACAUUACACGGCAAAAAGACUUGGGAUUCUGUUCUGCAAAUCAUUCUGACAUGAUCACUCUAUCAUUAUUUGCAGUUCUGUUAUUGUUUCCUGAUGUUGCAAGUUUGAGCCUCAUGCUCUAUUCCAGCACCUCUAUGCUUUCCAUUCUGUACAGGCACAGGCAGCAGGUCCAGUAUAUCCACAGGAUGAAUGGCUCCUCUAGAUCAUUCACUGAGUUCAGAGCUACACAACGGAUUCUGCUUCUUGUGAAUACUUUUGUGUCAUCUUACACUCUCUCCUCCAUCUUCCAGGUCUGCAUUUCUAAUUCUCCAAAACCCAGUUGGUUCUUUAUAAACUUUGGUGCAUUUAUCACUCUGUGCUUUCCAGCUUUCUGUCCCUUUGUGCUGAUGAUCCCUGACUUUCAAUGUGCAGACUCUCUCUCUAAGUAA